GAAUGCUUUUGAUCAUGGUCUUUUUAACGCUUUCAUAAUAAACACGAUUUUUAGUUUCGUUUCAUUUUUUAAUUUUCUACGAAUUAUCUUCUGAAAUGAGUGGAAGAGACAAAGAAAAAAGAUCAGAAAUACCCCACGAGCUUAGAGGGAAAGUUGCUGCUUUUGACAGUUCUUUAAAUAACGUAGAAAAUGAAUUUGAACCUUUGUUAAAACUUUCACAAAUCGAGCUAAAUGCAAAGUUAUCUAACUUGGAGAAAGCAAAGUUGGACCUUGUUGCUGCUUAUUCAAUCAACUCAUUAUUUUGGAUGUAUUUGAAUGUAUGUGGUGUUAAUCCAAAAGAUCAUGGAAUAAAACAAGAACUA